CAUCAUGAUGUCUACCACGCGGCAGCUACUCCUCGGCGCGUGUCUCAUCGCGGGCAGGACCGGUGCGUUCCACGUACCGGUCGCUUCUUCCCUGUCCCAGCACACGCGUUCGACACUUGCAGUUGCAGGAAAGUGCAACUCUGCCUCCGUUCGCCGAAGGUUCCGCUCCGCGGGCUUCGCGAUGGCGGCGGCGAGCGGUGAGAUGCAGGAGACGAUCGAGGCGAGGCUAUCGGAGGCCCUCUCGCCGGUGCACCUGGAGGUGAUAAACGAGAGCCACAUGCACUCUGGGCCGGCGAAAGAGAGUCAUUUCAAGGUUAUCGUUGUGAGCGACGAGUUCGAGGGGAAGCCACUCCUGGCUCGCCACCGCAUGGUCAACGCGCUCUUCGCAGAGGAGAUGAAGGGCAAGAUGCACGCUCUUUCGAUUCAGGGGAAAACGCCCGCGCAGUGGGAGGCGGAGGGACACAAGGUAGCGCCUUCGCCUCCUUGCAUGGGUGGAAGUAAAGCCGACCCUUCGAUGUGAGGCCUUGCUCCAAAAACCGGACUUGAAGAGUUGGUCAUCCUUUUUGUUUUUUUCCCCGCAACAAAGGGGGCGCGGGGCAAGCAAGGGAUGGUUGGGCGUAGUCUUUUUUUACUGGUCGAUCUUAUGGGCGCGAGGCGGCGAGUGUUACGGGCGUUAGGAAGCCAACGAUCGUGGGGGGAAAAGCUCUUUUCCCGAGUGGGACCCCAAACGGUUUGCCAUGCUUUUACUUCGUCUUCCAGAGUGAUGGCUAGCCAGUCGCCGUCCUGUGCUGUAGCAUGUAGCUCUACAUGCCUACGGUGUGUGUUUUGGGUUGACCUCACGAUGGCGGCGACGAGUGGGGGGUUCGUUGUUGGUUAUCCUAGGAGCACGUGGUCCCCUCAAGUUGUGCACCAUUCGUACGAUGAGAAGGUGCUCGGGACGGUGUUUAUACAACAGUGUGGGUGUGUUUUGGUGUGGGUACGGUAUGUCUGGGUGCGGGUUGACAUCCACUCGCAAUGGGGGACGUCGAGAGGCGGGAAUCUGUCGUCAAACGGUGGGAUUGUGUUGAAAAAGAGAAAAAAAUACCUUGAAUGG